AGAUAAUGGCAACCAGGAAAAGGUUGAAAAGACAUUUCUGCUGAGGAGCAGCUCCUCUCCCAGCCCAGCAGGGCUCAGGGCACUGCCUGCAGGCACUGAGGGCACAGGAGCCAGGCACAGACAGGCUAAAGGCAAUCAGGACUGGGAAGACAUUGAGCUGAGACUUCACUUGGGGAAACAUCUUCACAGCCCUGGACAUGCCCAGUAUGCCCAGAGUGAAGAAAUGUCCAACAGCAGCUCCAUCAGCCACUUCCUCCUGCUGCCAUUGGCAGACACGCGGCAGCUGCAGCUCCUGCACUUCUGCCUCUUCCUGGGCAUCUCCCUGGCUGCCCUCCUGGGCAACGGCCUCAUCAUCAGCGCCGUAGCCUGCAGCCACCACCUGCACACCCCCAUGUUCUUCUUCCUGCUCAACCUGGCCCUCACUGACCUGGGCUGCAUCUGCACCACUGUGCCCAAAGCCAUGCACAAUUCCCUCUGGGACACCAGGAGCAUCUCCUACUCAGGAUGUGCUGCUCAGGUUUUCUGCUUUGUUUUCUUUAUUUCAGCAGAGUAUUCCCUCCUGACCAUCAUGUGCUACGACCGCUACGUGUCCAUCUGCAAACCCCUGCACUACGGGACCCUCCUGGGCAGCAGAGCUUGUGCCCACAUGGCAGCAGCGGCCUGGGCCAGUGCCUUUCUCAAUGCUCUGGUACACACGGCCAAUACAUUUUCCCUGCCCCUGUGCCAAGGGAAUGCCUGGGGACAGCUUUUCUGUGAAAUCCCGCACAUCCUUAAACUCUCCUGCUCCAGAUCCUACCUCAGUGAACUUGGGCUUCUUACUGUUAGUGUUUGCUUAUAUUUUAGCUGUUUUAUGUUUAUUAUUUUCUCCUAUGUGCAGAUCUUCAGGGCUGUGCUGAGGAUCCCCUCUGAGCAGGGACGGCACAAAGCCUUUUCCACCUGCCUCCCUCACCUGGCUGUGGUCUCCUUGUUUAUCAGCACUGCAUUCUUUGCCUACCUAAAGCCCUCCUCCAUCUCCUCCCCAUCCCUGGAUCUGUCCCUGUCAGUUCUGUACUCAGUGGUGCCUCCACUCCUGAACCCCCUCAUCUACAGCCUGAGGAACCUGGAGCUCAAAGCUGCAGUGUGGAGACUGAUAACUAGACAAUUUCAGAAAAAUUAA